CAUCUCGUCCAUGGCACUCACCUCACCACACACCCACAGCCGCCGCCAUGGAGCAGGUCUCGUGCUUCGCCGCCGCCGCCGCCGUCGUCGUCGUGGUUCUCUUGCUCGCCCGCAUGCUCCUCGCGCCGCGCGGGGAGUGGGACGGGCUGAACCUGCCGCCCAGCCCGCCGCGGCUGCCGUUCAUCGGCAGCUUCCACCUCCUCCGCCGCAGCCCGCUCGUCCACCGCGCGCUGGCCGACGUCGCGCGGCAGCUCGGCUCGCCGCCGCUCAUGUACAUGAGGAUCGGCGAGCUCCCGGCCAUCGUCGUGUCGUCCGCCGACGCGGCGCGCGAGGUCAUGAAGACGCACGACAUCAAGUUCGCGUCGCGGCCGUGGCCGCCGACCAUCCGGAAGCUGCGCGCGCAGGGGAAGGGCAUCUUCUUCGAGCCCUACGGCGCGCUGUGGCGCCAGCUCCGCAAGAUCUGCAUCGUCAAGCUGCUCAGCGUCCGCCGCGUCAGCUCGUUCCACGGCGUCCGCGAGGAGGAGGCCGGCCGCCUCGUCGCCGCCGUCGCCGCGACGCCGCCGGGACAGGCCGUGAACCUGACCGAGCGGAUCGAGGUGGUCAUCGCGGACACGACGAUGCGCCCCAUGAUCGGGGAGAGGUUCGAGAGGCGUGAGGACUUCCUCGAGCUCCUCCCGGAGAUCGUCAAGAUCGCCUCCGGGUUCAGCCUCGACGACCUGUUCCCGUCGUCGUGGCUCGCCUGCGCCAUCGGCGGCUCGCAGCGCCGCGGCGAGGCGAGCCACCGGACAUCCUACGAGCUGGUGGACAGCGCCUUCCGCCAGCGGCAGCAGCAAAGGGAGGCCAUGGCCGCGUCGCCGCCUGACAUCGCCAAGGAGGAGGAGGAUGAUUUGAUGGAUGAGCUCAUCAGGAUACACAAGGAAGGUAGCCUCGAGGUGCCUCUUACUGCUGGCAACUUGAAAGCCGUCAUCCUAGAUCUCUUUGGUGCUGGAAGCGAGACAUCCUCGGAUGCGCUCCAAUGGGCAAUGUCAGAGCUGAUGAGAAACCCAAGAGUGAUGGAGAAAGCACAAAACGAGGUUCAAAGCAUCCUCAAAGGGAAGCCAUCGGUGACCGAAGCCGACGUAGCCAACCUAAAGUAUCUGAAAAUGAUUGUCAAGGAGACUCAUAGGCUACACCCGGUGUUGCCGUUGCUCAUCCCAAGGGAGUGCCAGCAAACUUGCCAGAUCAUGGGGUAUGAUGUGCCCCAAGGUAGUGUCAUAUUUAUAAACUCGUGGGCGAUAAUGAGGGACCCCAAGCAUUGGGAUGAUGCCGAGACUUUCAAACCGGAGCGGUUUGAGGAUGGUGAGAUCGACCUCAAGGGUACAAACUAUGAGUUCACACCAUUUGGGGCUGGACGUAGGAUCUGCCCUGGCUUGGCAUUAGCCCAGGCCAGCAUAGAGUUCAUGCUCGCCACUCUGCUCUACCACUUCGACUGGGAGCUCCCUAACAGGGCUGCACCGGAGGAGCUGGACAUGACUGAGGAGAUGGGCAUCACCAUCCGAAGGAAGAAGGAUCUCUACUUGCUCCCAACUCUCCGUGUGCCUCUUACCGCAUAGCACCUUCCGUCCUUGAUGUGUGCAAUCAGUAUGUGUGCUUGUGAUGCCUCUACAUGAGGUCGCACAAGUUGUACCUCGCUGCUCGUUUCGGCUUUAAUAAACCGACAGAAAUCUCCUUAUUCUAUGUUUGGCUUUCUUAA